AGUCGAUCACGAGAAGCGCAAGCAAACAGGCGUAUCUGUAAACUUUUCUCCGAAUCUGCGUGAUAAUUCCCAAUUUAAAUCAACAAGCAUCACGGGUCAAGCUGACAUAACACAUUGAGCGUAUAUAAACCUGAUCAACAUGUGGAAUUUCUCAUUUUGUACUCAGCGUUAUUCGUGUAACAUCAUGUGGUAUCUGGCUUUUCUCUUAAUCAUUGGAGCGUACGCAGCCGAUCAUGCGUGGGAAACGGGAAACGAAUAUCACUAUCUUAUAGAAAGUCGGACAUUGACAGUCUUAGACAAGCUAUCUCAACAGUUUUCUGGGAUUGUGAUAAAAGGUGGUCUUACCAUUCAGGUAAAAUCACCGGAUACGUUGCAAGCUGUGGUUUCAAAAACACAAUAUGCUCCCGUGCAUAAAACGUUGGAAAAUUGGAACGAUGAGAUCGCCGAUCUUAAGUUUGACGAGCUUUCCAUGUCAGGGAAAUCCUUUGAGAUCAAACUGAAGCAUGGAGUGAUUCGGGAUGUGUUAAUUGAUCAGGACGUGCUUACUUGGGAAGUGAAUUUAAUAAAAAGUAUCGUGAGUCAACUGCAGGUUGAUCUACAGGGCGAGAAUGUAAUAGCGAGUAGUGACAAUCAAAUACCAGAUGACAGUCAGCCUUUCGGUGUAUAUAAAGCCAUGGAGGAUUCCGUCGGUGGCAAAUGUGAGGUUCUUUAUAGUAUUACACCAGUGCCCGAAAAUUUUGACUCAAUACCUUUUCCAAAUCUGCGCAAGGAUGGUCUUAAUUUCUUUGUUACGAAAACGAAGAAUUACAACAAAUGCGAGCAACAAAUGGCUUACCAUUCUGGCAUCACCGAUAAAAUGAAUUGGAAACUGGGAUCUAACGACGGAGUUCUUUCGAGAUCGUCUACAAGUUCCAUUAUCAUUUCGGGGAAUGUGAAACAUUUUACAAUUCAAUCAUCCUUGACAACGAGUGAGAUAUUCGUCAGAUCUAAACUUCACGAUACCUACUCUAGCGCUGUCUACGAUAGUGUGAAACUAACUUUGGACAGAAUGAAUCAAAUCUCCAACCCCAUGUCAGCAUCCAACAAUCUCGUGUCAACCGGAAACUUAGUAUACAUUUACAACAAUCCGUUUUCUAAUCAACGUAAACUGCGUCAGCCGAGUGUCAGUCUAAAUUCCAUGGAGGCUCGAUCAUCCGAAAAUUCUAACGAGGAAAAUCGCAGCGACGAUGAUAGGAGCAACUUUUUAAGUAACUCUGGCGAGGAGCGUGAAUACUUGCAAUCAAAACCAACAUUAAACGAGGCUCCAGAGAGUCCGUUAUUGCCCUACUUCAUCGGAUACAAAGGCGAGAGCAUCCAGAAAUCCGAGGAUAUCACUUCAGUAGCGGCUCGUUUUAUCGCUCAGAUAGCAUGGAAUCUUGAAACUUCCCCCGUUAAUGCUUUUAACUUUUCACCGUCCACAGAAUACAUAGAGCCAUGCAUAAUUUUGAUUAGAUUAAUCCGCACCAUGAAUGUUGAACAGAUUGCCGAAUUAGAGAAUAAACUGUCUGAUCCAAUCUAUCAUCUACAAGGCAAUAAAUUACCUACUGAAUAUAAGAAAUCAUAUGAUAAAACUACGUGGGAUAUCUUUUUUAAUGCUGUUGUGAGUGCCGGAACUGGGCCCGCUCUCAUCAGCAUAAAAAAUAUGAUAAAGAAUGGGCAAUUGAAGGAUAUACAAGCGGCAAUGAUUAUUUCGAAAAUUCCUAAAACUGCUCUCACACCUACAUCGGAAUAUGUCAACAAGUUCUUUGAACUGAUUACCGAUGAACAAGUGACGAAACAGAGAUUUUUGAAUACAUCUGCACCUUUGGCAUUCGCAGAACUGGUCCGUUACACUCAAAGCAACAGGUCCAUCCAUUAUCCAGUUCACAGUUUCGGCCACAUGGUCUCUAAACAAGACAAUGCCCUUCUUGAAACUUACAUUCCAUAUAUGGCCAAUCAAUUGACAGAAGCCAUUAAAGACGGUGACAGUCGUCGAAUUCAAACAUACAUUAUGGCCUUGGGUAAUUUCGGUCAUCCGAAAGUACUCUCCGUCUUUGAACCGUAUCUGGAAGGCACGUUACCGGCGUCGACGUUCCAACGUUUAAUGAUGGUCGUCUCGUUAAAUAGACUAAGCGAAAACUUCCCGAGACUCGCCAGAUCCGUUGCCUUUAAGAUCUACAUGAAUAUAAUGGAGGCCUACGAAUUACGUUGUGCAGCUGUCUAUGUCGUAAUGAAGACCAAUCCGCCCCUGGUCAUGUUGCAGCGAAUGGCGAGAUUCACUAAUCAGGAUCAGGAUCGACACGUAAAUUCUGUUAUCAAGACCAAUAUAGAUGCUCUAGCUAAUUUGGAGCAACCGGAGUUUCAAGAUCUUGCUGCCAAAGCUCGCAUCGCUAGAGAACUGUUAAAUCCUCACAUUGACACUGAAAGUUACUCUCAAGGCUUUCUUUUCAAGAAGAUUAUACCCUCUUUAAAUAUGGCUGAAAUAACCAUUCUUCAGAUCAUUGGUAGCCAAGACACAACUGUACCUAAAAGUUCAUAUCUUAAUAUAUAUCAAUCUUAUGGCGGUUUCAAUCUACCCCCGUCAAGAAUGUCAUAUGAAAUAUCGAGCUUCAGAGCAUUGUUAGAUAUGUGGUACGAGAUGCCGUGGAUGAUCGAAAAUGAAACCCAGAAGAAAUUAAUUAUUGAAGAGACUAUUGAGAAGCUUGGCAUUAAGGGCGAAGAUCCGGUACAGUUUGAAGGAAACAUCUUCGUAAAUACCUUAUAUGGUUCACAAUUCUCACCCUUUGACAAUAAUACGAUUGAAGAGACUAUCAAUGCGUUUAAAUGUAUAAUAUCGUCAUGGCAGAGAUCGUCGAAAAAUUUUACAUCUGAAAAUAUUAAUUAUCUACACUAUUACGACAUGACGGUGGCAUUCCCGACUGAAAGCGGUCUGCCGUUUAUCUACACUUUAACGGUACCAAAAUUAUUGAGAAUUAACAUUGGUGGAGGUCACAAAGGAUCAAAAACUGAGCAUUUUAAGGAACUGACAGCGGCGGGUUAUAUAAUGGUACAUGAAAAAGUUCAAAGUAGAAUAGGUUUCGUAACGCCUUUCGAGCACAGGCACUAUGUUGCUGGUAUCGAUACCAACACACGACUCGUUACACCGCUUGGCUUAAGUAUUAGUGUAAAUACAACGGAAGAAAACAAGAAAUUUAAGCUAACAUUACAACCAAGCAAAUAUAUUCGAUAUGGCACUGGACACUCGACAGUUCAUUUCAGCGUUGUUCCUUAUACCGCAAGAAACAACAUUCUGGACUUGGAACAUGAUUUCAGCAAACAAGAUAAUGAUACGCUCCUGGUGCACACGAAAGAACCGCAUGAAAUACACUUUUACAUAAGUAAUUGGAUGUUUGUGGCAAAAAGUGAUCUUAUUGACAGCAAAGCGUCGGAGAAACAGGGAAUGGAAGCUAUUAAAGAGACUGUUAAUCUAUUUUGUAAUAGUCGAGGUGCCUAUUACAGGAGAUUCGACGGGCUUAUGUAUUUUGGAGAAGUUAGAAUAAGAGCAAGUUAUGAUUUUGCGAAGCUGGACAGUGACAGUUCUGAAGCAACAAUUCCUACAAUAGUUAACAAAGAGCCUGAUAGCGAGGAAAGAAAAAAACAAUUUCUAAAGGAAGUCGGCAAAAAUAUGAAUUCUGCUUAUGGCCAUGUUUUUGACAUGAGUAUUGAUCAAGGAUUUGAUGUACAAGUUUUCACCCUCGCUUACUCGUAUAGCCAAAUAGAUCAUAAGUCACAGGCUCUUUUCUAUUGGAAUGUCCAAUCAGUAGAUGACCCAAAAAUUUACGCCGAAUUGGGCGCAAUUGGAUACGUGAAAUCAAAGAGCAUUAGUCUAAAUCCUGAGAAAGCGCUCGAGCAGAUACCGAAUGAUGAAUUUAAAGCUGAGAUUCGAUUAGGAAAUAAUUUUAAUGAAGAAAUGAUCAAACUCGAGGGAAAUUGGACUCGCACUGAUGAUGUUAAGGACAUGGCAAUGAAAUCGGAAAUAGUUAAGAAGUGUCGACAAGACAUGAAACAAGGCAAUAUUUUGCUGCCAGCUUGUCAGAAAGCUAACAAGUUAAUCAAUCAAAAAGAUCUUCUGAUGAUGUCGAUAGAUACAACCUCAGAUAUAUUAUAUGCGAGUGCUAACAGAGGUAUUCUUUGGAUCCAGUCAUUGAUUUCCGAAAAUUAUGUAGAGACAAUGAACUUGAGAAGCUCUAGCAAGAAUACUAUCGACAUGGAGAUAAAAAUGCUGCCCGAUAACGAUGACGCGAAGAUCUCCUUGCGCACUUCACAAGCGGACGUUUCGUUCUCUCUAAAAGACAUUAUUGGGAACGAUUCUAAUGUCUCAAUGAAAGACACUUUCAAAGAACAGUUGGAUGAUGAAUCUGUGUGCGUUCUCGACAAAACUCAUGCUGUUACUUUUGACGGGAAGGUUUAUCCAUUGAAAUUAGGGAAAUGUUGGCACGUGAUGAUGACCAUUUAUCCACAGCGGGACCCCAAUAAUUUCGAAAAAACUUUAAGUAUACCAUCUGAUAUGAGAGCAAUUGUAAUGGCUCAAGAAAUGGACGACGGCAGCAAACAGAUCAAAAUGAUCUUGGGUGAUCAAGAAGUUCACCUGCAGAAAUCGGGUGAUUGUCUUGAAGCUUCUGUUGAUGGCGAAACGGCUAACUUCUCGGAUCAUAAGAGCCAUCAAGAAAAGGACUUUGAAAUCUAUGGAUCGAAUGAAACAAUCACAGUCUUUUCGCCGACGUAUGAAAUUACUGUCGAGUAUGAUGGAGAACAUAUUCUACUAAUGAUAUCCGAUAACUAUCUCAAUGCCGUACGCGGUCUGUGCGGCAACUACGACACGCAGCCCAACAAUGAUUUUAUUAUUCCUGAGAACUGCAUCUUGACGAAGGCUGAAGAAUUUGCCGCUACCUACGCUAUGACCCAAGAAAGUUGCCAAGGACCUGCUCCGGAAAACAAACGAAAAGCCGAGCAAUCCACGUGUAUGUCGAGAUCGUAUCGUCCGAGCGAUGUCAUCAGUGACAGAGAAGCGGGACGAUCUUCGACCAAGAACCGAGGAUGGGGCUAUCAUCACAAUUCGCGUAACAUCAUGUGGUUGUAUCUGACUUUUCUCUUAAUCAUUGGAGUGGCCAUAGCCGAUCACAAUUAUGCCUGGGAAACUGGAAACGAAUAUCACUAUCUUAUAGAAAGCCGAACAUUGACAGCCUUAAAUAAGCUAGCUCAACAGUUUUCUGGGAUUGUGAUAAAGGCUAAUCUCACCAUUCAGGUCAAAUCAUCGGACACGCUACACGCUGCGGUGUCUAAGACACAAUAUGCUCCUGUGCUCAAAGUAUUGCCGGAAGGUUGGGCUCAUGAAAUCACUGACGUUAAAUUUGACGAGCUUUCCAUGUCGGGAAAGUCCUUCGAGAUCAAACUCAAGCGUGGAGUGAUUCAGGAUGUAUUGGUUGAUCAGGAUGUGCCUACUUGGGAGGUGAAUUUAAUAAAAAGUAUCGUGAGUCAACUGCAGAUUGACUUACAGGGAGAGAAUGCAAUAACGAGUGAGGACAAUCGGAUGCCGGACGAUAAUCAACCCUUCGGUUCGUUUAAAGUCAUGGAGGACUCUGUCGGCGGCAAAUGCGAGGUUCUUUAUCGUAUUCGGCCAACGCCCGGAAAUGAUAGCUCAAUACCCUUUCCAAAUCUUCGAAAGGAUGGUCAUCAUUUCUCUAUUACAAAAACGAAGAAUUACAUCAAGUGCGAACAACGUAUGGCUUAUCAUUCUGGUAUCACUGGUAAAAUGAAUUGGAGACUGGGAUGUAGUAAUGGACUUCUUUCAAGAUCAUCUACAAGUUCGAUUAGCAUCUCGGGUCAAGUGAAACGUUUUACUAUUCAAACAUCCUACACGAUGAGUGAGAUAAUUGUCAAAUCUAAAAUUAAUGAUACAUACUCUGGCGCUGUCUACAGUAGUGUGAACCUAACUUUGGACAGAAUAGGUCAAAUUUCCAAUCCCUUGCCAGCGUCCAAAAAUAUCGUGACAACCAGAAACUUAGUGUACACUUACAACAAUCCAUUCUCUAACCAGCGUCGUUCAAAUCUCAGUAAGCAACUAAGUUCCUUGUUAAGUCGAGCCCCCAAAAGCUCUAACAGUUCUAGCGAGGAAAGCAGUAGCGACGAUGGAAGCAGCUCGAGUAACAGCGAGGAGCGCGAUUACUUGCAACCUAGACCAACAUUAGACGAAGCCCCGGAGAGUCCGUUUUUGCCCUAUUUUAUUGGAUACAAAGGCAAGAGUAUUCAAAAAUCGGAGGAAAAUUACGCUUCAGUAGCGGCCCGCCUGAUCGGCCAAAUAACUGGGGACAUUGAGUAUUUUCCCGUUAAUGUUUUAAACCAACCGUCCAUCGAGAUCUUAGAGCCAUCUAUAAAUCUGAUUAAAUUGAUCCGCACCAUGAAUGUUAAACAGAUCGCUGAGGUAGAGAACAAGCUGCCAGAAUUGUUCCGCCAGGACGAGCGCAACAAACUUAUUAAUAAAGAUGAUCAGAAAUUAUAUGACAAAACCGCGUGGGACGUCUUUUGUAACGCUGUCGCGAAUGCAGGAACUGGACCCGCUCUCAUCAGCAUUAAAAAUUGGAUAAAGAAUGGAAAGCUCAAAGGCACACAAGCAGCAAAUAUUAUUUCGAAAAUUCCCAAAGUUGCGCGUAUACCUACGACGGAAUAUGUCAGAGCAUUCUUUGAACUGAUAACCGAUGAACAAGUAACGAAACAGAAAUUUUUGAACAUAUCCGCACCUUUGGCAUUCGCCGAAUUGGUACGUUAUACACAAAGCAACAAGUCAUCUACAUACUAUCCGGUCUACAGUUUUGGCCGUAUGAUCUCUAGACAUGACAAUGCGUUUGUUGAAACUUACAUUCCGUAUAUGGCCAAUCAAUUGAAAGAAGCUAUCGAGGAUGGCGACAGUCGACGAAUUCAAACAUACAUUAUGGCAUUGGGUAAUUUCGGUAAUGCAAAAAUACUGUCCGUCUUUGAACCGUAUCUAGAAGGCGCAAUACCGACAUCGAAAUUCCAACGUACAAUGAUGGUCGUCUCGUUAAUCAAAUUGAGCGAAAACUUCCCGAGAAUAGCAAGAUCCGUUGCUUUCAAAAUCUAUAUGAAUACAGUGGAGGCCUACGAAUUACGUUGCGCAGCUGUCUAUGUUAUAAUGAGGACCAAUCCACCCUUGGCCAUGUUGCAGCGAAUGGCGAGGUUCACUAAUCAAGAUCAAGAUCGUAAUGUGAAUUCCGUCGUCAAGACCAACAUAGAGGCUCUCGCUAACUUGAAGCAACCGGAAUUGCAAGAUCUCGCCAACAAGGCGCGUAUCGCUAAGGAGCUAUUAAAUCCUCAGAUUGACAUUGACAAUUACUCUCAAGGCAUGUUUGAGGAGAGUAGUACCCCCUCUCUAAAUUUGGUUCAAAUAGCCAUCGUUCAGAUGAUUGUUAGCAAAGUCUCUAAUAUACCUAAAAGUGCAUAUCUUGAUUUGCUACAAUCUUACGGUGGCUUCAAUCUACCCACAGCAAGAAUAUCAUAUGAAAUGUCGAGCAUCAUAGAUUUGAUAGAUAUGUUGUUCAGAAACCAAAGUAAAGCCCCGAAGAAAUUGUUUAUUGAACAGACUAUUGAAAAGCUUGGCAUUGAGGCCGAAGAUCCGAUACAGCUUGAAGGAAACUUCUUCGUGGACUCUUUAUUUGGUUCACAAUUCUAUCCCAUCGACAAUCAUACGAUUGAAGAGAUCACCAAUAUGGUGAUAACGUAUGUCACGUCAUUAUCAAAGCUACCAACACAGAGAUACAAAUCCAAUAAUACAAAUUACUUAAAUUACUACGACAUGACGCUGGCAUUUCCUACUGAAAGUGGUCUGCCGUUUAUCUAUACUUUAACAGUACCAAGAUUAAUGAGAAUUAGUAAUGGGGGCUCUCACAAAGCUGUAGAGUCAAAAACUGCACAAUUUCAGGAAACAGUGGCGGGCCAUGUAAUGUCGAAUGAAAAAAUUCAAAGUAGAGUUGGUUUUGUAACGCCCUUCGAACACAGGCACUACAUCGCAGGAAUCGAUGUCAAUGUGCAAUUCUUCGUACCAGCUGGUUUAAGUGUUUCAUGCAAAGAUAAUAAGAUACGUUCUAUAAAAAUACAACCACACGAAUAUUAUCGAUAUGGUACUAAGAAUAUGGCGACUCAUGUAAGUGUUGUUCCCUAUAUCUCAAGAGACGACAUUCUGAACUUUAAAUCUGUUGGCAUUGAAGCUCAUAAUGACACACGUAUAGUGCAUACAAAGGAACCACAUGGAAUAGAAUUCUCGAUGGGUGAGGCUGUGAUUUCAGCAAGAAGUGAUCAUAUUGACAGUAACACGUCGAAGAAAACGGGAUUUGAAGCUUUAGGCGUGAUUUGUAAUCUAUUGAAAUAUCCCGGCGCUCAUUACAGAAGAAUCAAUGCAAUCGUUCAUCUUUCACCAGCUGAAGUAAACAUAACUAGUGAUUUUGUAACAGUAAACGACAGUGCAGAAGCAACAAUUCCUGCAACAAUUGACCACCGACCACAGAGCGAGACAAGAAGAAAACAAUUUCUGAUGGAAAUUGGAAAAAAUAUAACUUUUGCUUAUGUUCACGUUUUCGACAUCAGUGUUUCUGUUGGGCAGGCUAUUUAUGUUUUCACCCUUGCUUCCGCAUACAAUCCUAUAGGCGAACAGACUUAUAUCCGUUCCUAUUCGAAUGUCCAAUCGUCAGACAACGGAAAAGUCUUGAUGGAGGUUUGCGCUGAUAUAUAUAUGAAGCAUUUCUAUAAAUACAUAACAAAAAGCCUUCCUGUAAUCUUUGAACAAAUAAUCGAGGGGGUACCGCCUUAUGAAUUGGAAGCUGAUUUGCGCCUUGGAAGCUGUACGAACGGACAGAUGAUUAGAAUCAUAGGAAAUUGGUCUCGCACUGAUGAAGUCAAAGAGAUGUUCAAGAAAUCUGAAGUAGUCAAGAAGUGUCUGCAAGACAUAAAACAAGACAACAUAUGGGUACCAACUUGUCUGGCAGCCAGCAAAUUAAUUAAUCAUAAAGAUCUUCUAACGAUAUCAAUGGAGACGGACUCGGAUUAUUUCUAUGGGAUUGCCAACCAAGUUAUCCUUAUGAUCAAAAUGUCUCUUUCCAAACAAAAUCCACAGAGGCCAACAAAACAUACAGAUACAAGACUCGCUAACAAGAACACUAUCCAUAUGGAGAUAAAAAUGCCGCCCGAUAACAAUGAUGCGAAGAUUUCUUUGAGCACUUCAGAAAUAGACGUAAAGUUCUCUCUGUCAGACGUUGUCGGAAACGAUUCUAAUAUCUCACUAAAAAAAUCUCUCGAUGGAGACGUAAGUGGAUCUGCGUGCAUUCUCGACAAAACUCGCGUUGUUACUUUUGACGGCGAGGUAUAUCCUUUGAAAUUAGGAAAAUGUUGGCACGUGAUGAUGACUACUUAUCCAAAACGGGAUCCGUAUAAUCCCGGAAAAAGUUUAAAUAUUCCAUCCGAUAUGAGAGCAAUAAUAAUGGUCCGAGAAAUAGAAGACGGCAGCAAACAAAUUUGGAUGCUCUUUGGUGAUCAGGAAGUUUAUGUGCAGAAAUCGGGUGAUCAUUUCGAAGUUAUACUUAACGGCUUAAAGGUUUUCCCGCUUAAUCCCCCGGAGAAAGUCUACCGAGAUCAGAACUUCGAAAUCUCUCAAAGCGGUCAAACGAUCGACGUUUUCGCAAUAAUGUAUGGUAUCAAUCUUCAACGUUUUAAUGAAAAUAUCCUAUUACAGUCAAGCUACAAAUAUUACAAUGCUGUACGCGGUCUUUGCGGCAACUACGACACGCGAUCCAACAACGAUUUCAUCAGUCCCAAGAAUUGUAUUUUAACAAAGCCGGAAGAAUUUGCCGCCACAUACGCCUUGACUCAGGAUAACUGUCAAGGACCCGCUUUGCAGAAUAAACGAAAGGCUGAACAAUCUACAUGCAUUUCGAGGUCUUACCGUCCGAACGAUGUCAUUAGUGACAGAGAAGCGGGACGAUCUCCGAACAAGAACAGAAGAUGGAGCCAUCAUUAAGACAUUUAGAGAAAGCAUAGAUUGUUUUAUUAUCAGAGCUUACAAGAGUUGGAAUAAACCUGUGGAAUAAAAGUUAAAGGUAUCGUUUUAUUACGUAACAAAGAGAUUUUUCUUCAAUUCAAGUGCGAAAUAAUAUAACGUUUGGGGAAAACUGUUUCCAAGUCAAAAACUUUCAAUCUUGUUAUAUUAUUAGCUUCCUUAUUUAAUAUUUAUCUAUUUUUUGAUAAAUAGGUGUUUACUAAAUUUUAAUUACAUGUGAAUAAUAAUAAAGUUGUACGUUGUCAA